CAAAACCAACAGUGACAAAUGGAAGGAUGGCGAAUACGGGUGUUUUGCCUUUUGUGCGUGGAGUAGAUUUCACAAAAAACGAUUUCAGCGAUGAACGUUUUCCGCCCUCCUUGCGGUUGAUGUCACGAUUGCAAUGGCUAAAAUUGGAUCGUACAUCUCUAAACGAAGUACCCGAAGAAAUGGGGAACUUGCACAAACUCGAACACUUAUCCAUGAAACAUAACGAUCUGGAAAAAUUGUUUGGCGAAUUGACUGAAUUAGCAUGUUUGCGAAGCCUGAAUUUGAGUUACAAUCAAAUCAAGAAUUCUGGCAUUCCACCAGAACUGUUUCGACUCGACGAACUCACUACUCUAGAUCUGUCACACAAUCGACUUAAAGAAGUGCCGGAAGGUUUAGAGCGAGCGAAAAACUUACUUGUCCUAAAUCUAAGUCAUAAUCAAAUCGAAUCGAUUCCUACGCAACUCUUCAUCCACCUUACGGACUUACUGUUUUUAGAUUUAUCGCACAAUAAGUUAGAGACUUUGCCCCCGCAAACUAGACGCCUGGCGAACCUACAAACGCUUAUUUUAGCCGACAAUCCAUUGGAAUUGUUUCAACUGAGGCAACUGCCGUCCUUGCAAAGUUUGGAAGUUUUAAAUAUGAGGAACACACAGCGAACAUUACAGAACUUCCCGACCUCGUUAGACAGUCUAUCGAACUUGGUAGAAUUAGAUCUGUCGCAAAAUUCGCUGCCAAAAAUCCCAGACUGUUUGUAUAAUAUGCCAAACUUAAAGCGAUUGAAUUUAAGUGAUAAUGAAAUAGUCGAGUUGUCCUCAGGAAUAGAAUUUUGGCAGAAAAUGGAGAUACUGAAUCUAUCGAGAAACAAACUUAAAAGUUUACCAGCAUCGGUAUGUAAGAUGGCAAGUUUGAGGCGUUUGUACCUUAACGACAAUGAGCUCGAUUUUGAUGGAAUACCUUCGGGAAUCGGAAAACUUUCCAGCUUAGAAGUGUUCUCAGCAUCGAAUAAUCAUCUUGAAAUGAUACCAGAAGGGCUUUGUCGCUGCGGAGCUUUGAAGAAGUUGAAUCUAAGUUCAAAUAAGUUGAUAACUCUUCCGGAAGCCAUACAUUUUCUUUCGGACCUCGAUCAAUUGGAUUUGCGUAACAAUCCAGAGUUGGUGAUGCCGCCGAAACCGAGUGAAGCACAAAAGGGCGCUGGUAUUGAGUUCUAUAACAUUGACUUCUCUUUACAAACCCAAUUACGAUUGGCUGGAGCCAAUAUACCUCCUACGGUCCCUACCGCAAACACUAGCAAAGAUCCCAUUGCAAGAAAAAUUCGUUUACGACGUGGUCCUCGAACGGAAUCCGAUCAAGAUUCAGCUAAAAUUUUAAAGGGCAUGAAAGACAUCGCGCAAGAUAAGAGUGCGACGGAUGCAAGAGAUGAAAAUGAAAACAAACCUGAAAGUUUGAAACCAAAACGUUGGGAUGAGUCACUGGAGAAACCUCCUCUUGAUUAUUCGAAAUUCUUUGAAAAAGACGAUGGUCAGAUCCCUGGGUUAACCAUUUGGGAAAUUGAAAACUUCCUUCCAAAUAAAAUCGAUGAGGUAGCUCACGGAAAGUUUUACGAGGGCGACUGCUAUAUUAUUUUGAAAACCAGCUUCGAUGACUUGGGGCAAUUAAGCUGGGAAAUAUAUUUCUGGAUUGGUAAUCACGCAACAUUAGACAAAAGAGCCUGUGCUGCUAUUCAUGCUGUGAACCUGCGUAAUUACCUUGGAGCGCGAUGUCGGACCAUUCGUGAAGAACAGGCAGACGAGUCAGAAGAGUUUUUAGCUCUGUUUGAUACAGAACUUACAUACAUUGAAGGUGGACGCACAGCAACUGGAUUUUACACUAUCGAUGAUAUGGUCUACACCACCCGGUUGUAUCGAGUACAUGCAGCUGGAUCGUCAAUUCAUAUGGAGCCGGUCGCAAAUGAAUUCGCAUCGUUGGAUCCACGUUAUGUUUUCGUUCUGGACAUCGGUUUGAAAAUAUUCAUCUGGGAUGGAAGAAGCUCGAAAAAUACGCUAAAAUCAAAAGCAAGGUUGUUAGCUGAGAAGAUCAAUAAGAAUGAACGAAAAAAUAAGGCUGAGAUAUUCACUGAAAUGCAAGGUGAAGAAAGUAAGGAGUUUUGGGAGACAUUGGGUGCUGAUCCCGAAACAGCACCAAAACAAAAAAUCCUUCAACAUGUUGAGGAGAAUUUCUGUCCAGUCGUACCACGAUUAUAUCAAGUGCAAUUAGGCAUGGGUUACUUGGAGUUGCCCCAAGUUGAAAUACCCGAACAAAAGCUUGUUCAGGCCCUGCUAAACAGCAAGAAUGUUUACAUCCUGGACUGCUUCACGGAUUUGUUCGUUUGGUUUGGAAAGAAAUCCACCCGGUUAGUGCGGGCCGCUGCUGUUAAGCUGUCUCGUGAAUUAUUCAAUAUGAUCAAACGGCCCGAGUAUUCCCUAGUGACGCGAGUCCAGGAGGGAACCGAAUCACAAAUCUUCAAGAGCAAAUUCAUCGGAUGGGAUGAAGUAAUGGCGGUUGAUUUCACUAGGACCGCAGCCUCGGUGAAAAAGACAGGGGCCGACUUGACAAAAUGGGCUAAAGCGCAAGAAACUCGAGCCGAUUUGGCAGCAUUAUUUAUGCCGCGUCAACAACCUAUGACUAUUGCUGAGGCUGAUCAAUUGGAAGAGGAAUGGAAUUAUGAUCUGGAAGCAAUGGAAUCAUUUGUGCUUGAGGGCAAGAAGUUUGUCAGGUUACCAGAGGAUGAAUUGGGUCAUUUCUAUUCUGGCGAGUGUUACGUUUUCCUUUGUCGUUAUUGCAUUCCAUUUGACGAUGAAGAAGAGGGUGCUGAGAAUGCAUCCCGUCCACCGCCAGAGGACGAGAUUCAAUGUGUUGUAUAUUUCUGGCAAGGACGCGAUGCCGGGAAUAUGGGUUGGUUAACGUUUACGUUCACUUUACAAAAGAAAUUCAAGGCAAUGUUUGGCGAAGAGCUGGAAGUGGUUCGAAUACAUCAGCAACAGGAAAAUCUGAAAUUCAUGGCGCACUUUAAACGUAAAUUUAUCAUACGUAGUGGCAGGCGAAAGGAGAAGGCAAAGAUGAGCGACGGAAAAGCUGCUGUUGAAUUCUAUCACCUUCGAUCGAAUGGUGGCGCUUUGUGUACACGAAUAAUUCAAAUUAAACCGGAUGCGGUGGCACUGAAUUCAGCUUUUUGUUAUAUACUGUUCGUUCCAUUUGAGUCGGAAGAUAAUGCGGACUCUGGAAUUGUUUACGUUUGGAUUGGAUCCAAGGCGAUACCAGAAGAGGCAAAAUUAAUUCAAGAAAUAGCCGAGGAGAUGUUUAAUAAUCCCUGGGUUAGUCUUCAGAUUUUAAAUGAGGGCGAAGAACCAGAAAACUUCUUCUGGGUUGCAUUGGGAGGUCGAAAACCGUACGAUAAGGACGCCGAGUUUAUGAACUACACGCGAUUGUUCAGAUGUUCCAAUGAGAAAGGUUAUUUCACUGUUGCUGAGAAAUGCACGGACUUUUGCCAAGACGAUUUAGCCGAUGAUGAUAUUAUGAUCUUAGACAACGGAGAGCAAGUUUUCCUGUGGCUAGGAUCAAAAUGUAGCGAAGUUGAAAUAAAAUUGGCUUAUAAAUCAGCACAAGUAUACAUUCAACACAUGAAAAUUAAACAACCGGAAAGGCCUCGAAAGCUUUUCCUAACACUUAAAAAUAAGGAGUCGCGACGAUUUACAAAGUGUUUCCAUGGCUGGAGUGCUCAUAAACGUCCACCAGAAUAAAUAACAUAUUAUAAGCGGGAAAUCUUUUAUGUUUUACAUUUUUUAAAGAUUCUCCCAGCACGUAUUAUAUUUGCAAAAUAUUUAUAUUUAUCAUUUUUAUAUUCUUAAUAAAACAUAAUUUACAUCUUUA